AUGUCUGGAUCUCAACCACCAAAAGGGCGAGGACGCGGCCGUACAGCCAUACACUCAACCGAACCAUCACUACCCUCAAUCACUCCAUCUAUUGAUGUAUCAGCUGCUACAACACCAGCUACAAUUGAUACUUCAUCAUCAUCCACCACUCCUGUAACCGAUGUAUCAGUGGCAACGACAUCUACAACAACUGAUGAGAGUACAGCUGACACUGGCAUCUCAUCGGCUUCAAGUAUUUGUCAAACACCAACAGUUGCUUCAUCAACUGGCAAAGGUAUUCGAGGUCGUGGUAGACCUCCCAAACGAGAUACUGUACCUGACGAUCCUUAUUGGACUGUCAACAACUUGACAUAUGCACAAUUUCAUUCAAAUACUCGACCAACAAAACCUAAUGAACUAGGAACACUUGGUCAACAAAUACAAGUCAUCGUCAACUAUUUUCCUAUACUUCAAUUUCCACACAAAGGUCUCGUUUAUAAAUAUCAUAUUCAAAUACGAAAUAGGAAAGAUUUCGAAAUUCCUCGAGAACGUCGACGUUUACUUUACACCUCAUGGUUGAAUCGAUAUUGUCGAAAAUAUUCACAAGUUGAUCAACAUAAAAUUGUUUAUGAUAAUCAAUCAACAAUCCUCGUAUUUGAUGAACCAUUACCUAAUAUUAAUGAAAAUAGCGCUGCUGAGAUCAUAGAAGGACCCAAUCGUUCAAAUCGACAAGAACCUCACAAAGUGAUUGUUCGAAAAGCUGGAAAUCCAGUUGAUUUAGCUUUGAUACAGAAUACAAAUCAAUUUUUUGAUACAGACAAUUUAUCAAACUAUACACCGGAAGAUCUUCAGAAUAUCAAACAAAUUCUUUCGAUUGCAUUACAUGAACAUUGUUCAUCGCAUGCUACUUUCAUUUACAAUCGAUGUUUUUUUUCCUUAACAAAAGAUGGACAUUAUGGAGAAUGGGAUCUUGGUUUAGGAAAAGCAUUAUGGCGUGGUUUUUAUUCAUGUCUUGUCUUUGCUAAAGGAACACAUCAACUUCUCAUGAAUCUUGAUAUCAAACAUACAGUGUAUAUGAAAAAACAAUCAUUUCUUGAAUUUGUUUGUGAAGUUAUGUUGCAUAGUCCAUGUGGUAAGCGAAAAUAUGGUCGUCAAAGAGAUGUUCAGACGGCAAAUGGUGAUGAUGUGCUGAGAUUUCUUGACAUUAAUACUAAUCCGACUUACAACCACGAAGCAGAUUUUCUACGCAAACAUUAUCUUCGUGUUCGAUCUCAAAAUGCAGAUAAACCCAUAGUUUACGAGAUUGCUCAAUUAGGACAAUCAGCAUCAACACAAACGUUUCAAUGGAAAACGAAUAAUAAUAAAACUGUCACAGUUGAACAAUAUUAUAAAGAGCAAUAUAACUUGAAUUUGAAAUAUCCAUCUUUACCUGUAUUACAGAUGCGUAAUGGAUCGUAUAUACCAAUGGAAUUGGUAGAUGUUGAACCUGUUAGAGUGAAAAAAAUUACUGAUGACCAAAGAGCUCUUCUUUGUAGAAAAGCAACAAUGACACCUAGAGAAUAUCGUCAAUCUAUCAAGAAUAUUCGUGAGAAUCCACAUCAACAACAUUUUGAGGAAGAUCCAUUUGUUGCUGCUUGGAAUUUGAAUAUUCAUAGAGAUAUGUUGAUAUUACCAGCACGAGUAUUGCCAAUGCCUGAGAUAGUUUAUACUGAUCAAUAUCGAGUUACUGCUGAAGCAGUUCGUGAUCUAGGAACAUGGGAAAUGAGGCCAACAAAAUUUCACAAACCUGCAACAUUUCCACGCAUAUGGGGCAUCAUUAAUUUAUCAUCACCAAGUCAACAGGAAUGCGAAGACUUCUAUAAUGAACUUCGUAUUGUAGCACAACAGCGAGGUAUUGACUGUCAUCCACCUGAAAUUUAUAAAGAAUAUAAUUCUGAACAUGGGACAAUUGAUCAGAGCGUUGAAUUAUUGAAACAAACAAUGAGUCAAAAUAAUGAUUGCAAGUUUUGUAUUGUUAUUUUACCACUCAAAACCACCCGAGAGAGCAAACAAGCUUACAGAAAUUUUAAAAAAAUGUGUGAAUUAGAGCUUGGCUUUGGAGUUGUUACUCAAAUGAUUCAACGUACGAAUGCUGUCAUCGGCACACGAAAAGAUCGAACGAAAUGGGAUUAUGCGAAAUUGAACAAUAUUUUACUUAAAAUAAAUACCAAGCUAAAUGGAACAAAUUCUGUUCUCAAAGUGCAUGAUAUUAUCAAUCGUUUUUUCUCACAAGGUCACCGUGUCAUGUAUGUGGGUGCUGAUUUGAGUCAUCUUGCUCCAAGUAGUGGUACUCAACCAUCAGUUGUAGCUGUUGUUGCAUCAGCGGAUGACGUGCCUAAUCGAUAUUUUAAAGAAGUUUAUCAACAACUACGACCAGCACAAGCACGAGGUGAAAGUCGCGAAUAUAUUGUUAGUAUGAAAGAUAUUAUGAAAUCUUUGAUCCAACAAUAUGUUGAACAUCGAGGUUAUCCACCCAAUGCAAUUGUUAUUUAUCGAGAUGGGAUUUCUGAAGGUGAAUUCGAUUCUGUCUUUGAAAAAGAACUAAUAGCAAUACGUGAAGCUUGUGUUGAUUUAUCACCAGUUUAUCGACCCUAUCUUACAUAUAUUGUUGUUAAUAAAAAACAUCAUACAAGAUUAUUUCCAACAACUUCAGAGAAAAAUGUUCCAGCUGGUACUGUUCUUGAUUCACAUGACAUCACUAAAGCUACUACUUAUGAUUUCUAUUUAAACAGUCAUCAUGGAGCAUUAGGAACAAGUCGUCCAACUCAUUAUCACGUUUUAUAUGAUGAUAAUAAACUACAACCCGAUGAAGUUCAAAUGUUAACUUAUGCACUUUGCUAUACAUAUGCUCGAUGUACUCGUUCAGUAUCAAUUCCAGCACCAGUAAAAUAUGCUGAUUUAUUAGCUUUUCGUGCUGCUUAUUAUAUAAAUGACAAUGAUGAAUCGGACAUGUAA